AUGAGCCUGCUGCCCGAGAUCUCUCCAGGUGCACCGCGAGAGAAGCCGAAGGCACAGUUCCUCAAGGAGACCUACGACGUCUCCUUCGACGGAGGUGAGGCCCGGGAGAACCUCUGCAAGAAGGUGCUGCCGCAGACGAAGUCCUCACGGCGUGGUGACGCCAAGGCGCAGGAGUGGCUCCAGGAAGAGCGCCAAAAGGCUGAGGAGCGCGCUGAGAAGCGAUGGCGGCAAAAGUUUGAGGAGUGGCAAGCGAGCUUUCAGUCGGAGAGCAGCGAGACCUGCAAGGAGCCAAGCAGUGAGAUGCGGUCCGAGGCGCACCAGCUGGUCGAGCCGCAGCUGGAGGGGCUUCGGACUCGGGCGGAGGCCGCAGAGAAGGAAUGCGAGGAGCUGCGCAACGAGUGCCAGGGUCAACUGGAUGAGCUUGCGAGGCUCUACGAGGAGUUUCGACGUGCUCACCAGAAGGUGCAGGAGGAGAAGGCGCGCAGGGAGACCAUCGAGAAGCAUCUGGGCUCCGCUGUGGAGGAGCAGGGAAAGUGGACAGACAAAUUGGCCCACCGCAUGUCGCAGCUUCAGCAGGCUCGACAGCAGCGGCGUGCCAUUGGUGCCCGUAUUGAUCGGUUUGGCAAAGAGCUCCACACCCUGGACCUGAGGACGGGUGAGUGGCUAACGCAGGCCAUCAACGAGAGAGGCCGUGAAAUGCCCAGCAUGGAGGAGGAGCUCAGCACUGCCCGGGCCUCUGCCGCAGACGCCGAGCACGAGGCGCAGGAGGCGCAGAAGUCCACGCAGGAGCUUCAGGACUUCCUCUCGAGCCCGGAGGUGCUGGCCAUCGACUCGAUCCAGCAGGAGGUGGAAAAGAUGUCCUUCGCGGAGGCCUACCAGGUGCGGCUGCGGCUCUGCGGCUCGCUCUGCGCCUUGUGCGGCUUUUCCGCGGUGGCAUCUUUGCCGGCGCAGGAUGCCUUCAAGCCCUGGGCUCUCGAGCAGCCCGAGCAGUCCGAGGAGCCGGAGCUCGACGAAGAGGCCGAGCUGGGCGAGGACGAGUCAGGCUUCGAGGGCCUCGACCCAUCCUCCUCUCGGGAUCCACGGACAGAGACGGAUAUGGGGACUCAGUCUCCGCAAUCGCCGAUCUCGCCACUUUCGCCGCAAUCUGCAUACGAGGAUUUGGAGCAGUCGCCGGACAGUGCUUCGUAUCGGCAGGCUCGGGAGGUCGAAGAGGCGUCCUACAACGAGGCAGCGGCAAAGGCUCAAGAAGCCUUGAGCCGUGAGCCUUGUGCUUGGAUGUCUCAGGACUUCUCGCCGGUGAAUGGGGAGACCGAGCUCGAGAGAUCCUACGUGGACGAGGAGCAGCGGCUCUGCUCUGCGAAGCGGUCUUUGCUCCCUCUGCCGCAGGAGCCGGAGCCCCAGUCACCAACUUCUCCAGCGGACCCGGAGGACGCGCCUGCAGCCCACUGGGCUUGA